UCGAGUCUGCCUUCUCAGACUCACUCACACUGAUCCAGCCCAAGUUUAGUUCUGCUCUCUGUUUGUGUCUCUCAGACACGCGCUCAAAAACCUGGAAAACACACAAUGCUGACCUAUCCGGAGUUAUUUUUAUUUCCCAUGUUGGAUUUUUUGGACGCAUCUGACUAAUUAAAACAAGAAAAAAAAAACUAUUUCCCUUACUCUCCUAGGAUAUUUGGACCUGCUGGCGUGUGGUUUCCUUACAAUAUUAUUUGGGUUAACUUGGAAAGCAAAGUUUCGCCGGGAAAAAAAAAGGUUUUACCAGACAAGUCCUUGCCAUGACGGUGGACUUGUGAGGUGAAGAAGCUCGAAACAAGUAUUUAUAUUUUUACGCUCGGUGAACCACAUUCACUGUCCAACCAUGAGGAGGUGCUCGCACGUCCUGCCUCUCGUUGUGCUCGCUGCUCUGUUGCUGUCUCAGGUCUGCUCUGGAAUCAAAUGGCUAGCAAUAUCACACACCCCUAAGACCUUCCACAUCAACCAGACCCAACACUGUAAGCUGUUGCCCGGCCUGGUGUCCUCCCAAGCUCAACUGUGCCGCAGCAACAUGGAACUCAUGGAAACCAUCAUCCAAGCAGCCCGUGAAGUCAAGAAAACGUGUCAAAAGACCUUUGCCGACAUGCGCUGGAACUGCUCCUCCAUAGAGACUCCCACCGACUCCUCCAAGUAUCGACCGGACCUUGAUCGAGGAACCAGGGAGUCUGCGUUUGUCUAUGCCCUUUCUGCGGCCACCAUUAGCCAUACCAUCGCAAGGGCGUGCACUUCUGGAGAUUUACGUCUGUGCUCGUGUGGUCCAAUCCCGGCUGAGAUCCCAGAGCCUGGUUAUCGCUGGGGGGGCUGCGCUGACAACCUGCACUUUGGCUUGAUCAUGGGCUCUAAGUUUGCAGAUGCCCCCAUGAAGAUGAAACGUGCAGGCUCCCAUGCUAACAAACUUAUGCACCUACAUAACAGCGAAGUCGGGAGACAGGCAUUAAGAGAAGCGGUCGUGAUGAAGUGCAAAUGUCACGGCGUGUCCGGUUCCUGCUCCAUCAGGACCUGCUGGAGAGGUCUUCAGGACCUGAGAGAGAUCGCCAUGGACCUGAAGACUAAGUACUUGUCGGCUACCAAGGUGGUUCACAGACCCAUGGGGACCCGCAAGCAACUGGUACCCAAAGAUAUUGACAUCAGGCCCGUGAGGGAGAAUGAACUGGUCUACCUGCAGAGUUCACCGGAUUUCUGUGCCAAGAAUGAAAAACAGGGUUCAGUUGGCACGCAGGACAGGCAGUGCAACAAAACCUCAGCUGGGAGCGACAGCUGUGACUUGAUGUGCUGCGGCCGUGGCUACAACCCGUACACGGAGAAGCUGGUGGAACGUUGCCAUUGCAAGUAUCACUGGUGCUGCUACGUCACCUGCAAGAAGUGCGAGCGGAUCGUGGAGAGAUACGUCUGCAAAUGAAUCCCCAAAGCCGCACCGAGCCACAGGUGAACCAAAGCACUACGAUAGCUACAAGACAAACUUUUUGUCUUGAACGUAUUUCACCAUAAAGUGUCAUUAUCACGUUAGUAUCGAUUUUCCAAACUGCCGCUACCGGACACGGAAAGUGACGAUAGUUUAUGUGAAAACCGCCGUCCUCCUGGGUAGUUUUUUUUUUUUUUUUUUACUGUUAAUGACCAUGAAUUCCCUCAAUGUGGAUGAGGAAAGUCUAUUUUAUUAUAGCUCUAAUAAAAAGUAAUAACAUUGGAUUUUAAAACCGGAGGAGACGAAUUAUGUUGUUUCUCCCUCGAGACGGAGAUCUGAGGAUUUUUUUAUUAAUGGUACAGUUGAUACAUUUUCCUUCUGCAUCAAUGGACACAAGAGGAAAAGCAAACAAAGGGAACAUAAAGUACUUUUUCAAACACGGGACGUUUUGGACUUUUGGACCCGCACGUUUUCCUGUGUGUAUCUUCAGCAUGACUUUAUCCUAAAGGACUGGAAAGAAAAUAAUGGAUAAAGGACUUGCUGAUUAAUCAUCCUUUACAUCUCGACAUGCAGUCAGUUUAAGAUAUAUUCUAUUUUUAAGAGCAUUAUGAACUCAUGGAUAUUGUAAACCACUUUUGUGUGGAUGUACAUACUCUUAUUUUGUAUACUGAAAUAAAGAUAAGUAUUUAUAAAA